AUGAGCUCGCCUCAGCUUAUCGAGUGUAAUGGGCAAGUUGACGAAGCCAUCAGCUACUCGAGUAUGUCGUUAAGAUUGAAAAGAAAAGCUGGCCGUAGACCAUCCUCUCGACUUGCUUCUCAACAUGGCUUGGCUUAUCGAUCAAAUGGGCAGAUUGAUAAAGCCUUGAACUGCUCGAGCAUGUCGUUAAGAUUGAGAAAGAAAAUCUGGCCGCAGACCAUCUUUCGGCUUGCUUCGCAGCAUGCGCUCGCCUUAGCUUAUGGAAAUAAUGGGCAAGUUGACGAAGCCAUCAAGCUACUCGAACAUGUCGUUAAGAUUAGACAAGAAACGCUGGCCGAAGAUCAUCCUGAUCGACUUGUCUCACAGGAAGCGCUCGCCCAGAUUUAUCGAGAAAAUGGACAAGCCGACAAGGCCGAAGGGAUUGAGGGUAGACCCACACCGGAGACGAGCCGUUGA